UUUUAUAAGUUUGCUUCGUUAGAGAAGAGACAGACAGGGCAACACUAAAUUAAGGCAUAAGUAGUUAAAAAACAGAUAUCGGUGCAUAGUACUUUUCUACAUGGACACAUUAGUCCGUGAUACGUGGGUGUGUUAAUACGUACAAAAAGAGUAUUAUUUGUUAUUUAAUUUUUUUUUUAUUUCGAUAUAUAUAUUUUAAACAUUUUAUUUUAUAUAAUGAGGUGGACGUUUAAUGUUAAGUGACAAUAUAUAAUAUUUAUGUCGAAGGCGAGUGUUAAGAAGAAUUAACACGUCCGAAACUCUAUAAUUGUGGUCUUCUUUUGAUUCAAGCAAUAUACAGGUUUAAAAAACGUUAGGUGUAUCAAUUAGCUGCUGUUUCAAAAAAUAAAUAAAAGGACAAAUGGAGUCUGCUGUAACUGGACGAAGACGAACCGCCACACGGCAUUCUGCUGAAGAUCAAGCUCUUGACCAAAUAGCUAAAGAGGCAGAAGCUCGACUAGCAGCAAGAAGACAAGCAAGAGCAGAAGCUAGAGAAAUUAGAAUGCGCGAAUUGGAAAGACAACAAAAGGAAGCGGAAGAAAAUGCUGAUAGAGUUUAUGACAUGUGUUCAGAUCCUAAUAGAGCCAUGAGAGUAACUCCAGAUCCUGUGAGGACGUCACGCUUGCUCACAAAUUCGAAUAAUUUUCAAUCCAGUUGUAAAUCAUCGGAAGAUUCAUUAGAAGAUGUAGGCCUUGGUAGAGAUCUUAGGUUAGAGCUGAAGGAAUUUGAAGAGAAGUUUCGAAAAGCAAUGAUAGCUAAUGCUCAAUUAGAUAAUGAAAAAUCUUCUUUUGCAUAUCAAGUUGAUAUAUUAAAAGAUAAAUUGGAAGAAUUGGAAGAAAUGGCAGCACAGUUGCGUAGAGAACUUCGGGAGAAGAAUCGAGAUGCCGAACAGUCAAAACGACUUAGUCAAAGAUUAAAAGAUGACUUAGAUUUAUGCAGAACACAAUUAUUAGAAAGGGAUACACUCAUUCAGGAAAAUGGAUUAGUAAUAGUUGAAGAUGAAGGAACUGAUGAAGAAGACGAUGUUGAAGGUGGAUCCUGCCAUAGGAAAAGAGUUUUAGUUAGUAAAGAAUCUGCAGAUUUAUUAGAAAAUGCUGGAAAAGGAUCCUUGGAUGUUCGACUGAGAAAGUUCGCUUCGGAGAAAAAAGAAUUAGAAGAUCAAAUACGACAUUUAAGAUUGGAAUUAGAAGAAACCAAGAAUCGCAUAAGAUCUGAGAGAUCACCGGGUGGCUUAACGGAUUCUGAGGAUAUUCAACGAGAAGCUAAUAAACUUUUAGCUGACUACAAAUUCAAGCUGCAAAAGGCGGAACAAGACAUGUCUACUUUACAAGCCACUGUAGCUAGAUUAGAAAGUCAAGUAAUACGCUAUAAAUCUGCGGCAGAGGCAUCUGAGAAGGCAGAGGAUGAACUCAAAGUUGAAAAAAGAAAAUUGCAAAGAGAAGUUAGAGAGUCUCAAGGACGUGUCGAAGAACUCGAAACAGCGAAUUCUCAUUUACAAAGGCGAUUAGAUAAACUUAAAAAUGCUAAAUCUGCUCUUUUUAAAGAUCUUUGAUGAAAUUAUUUUAUUUCUUUUUGAACUUGUCAAGUCUACCUUGUCUUUUCUCUUCUGUGCUAUAGACGGAAGGCAUUUAUUUAAUAAUUUUUAAAUAAUAAUAAUAAUAUUGCAAAAUAUAUCAAAGAGUUAUUUGGCAAUUUGGUAAUAACAUUUAACAGAGAAUAUGUGUACUGUUAUCAGAUCUUUUAUAAUUUAGAGAGCUUUUAUCAUUUAGAGAAUGACACGUAUAGAAAUAUUUAUACUAAUGAAUUUGUACGCAAAGUCAUUCUUUGUUUUUAUCUGGUCUUUUGGUAAUAAGCAGUUUAAUGGCAAUUUAACAACGAGAAAAUGCUUGUUUAGUAAUAAUAUUCCAGGCAUUUAUAAUACUUUAUUAAUUUAUAAAUAGUUGUGUAAAGACAAUUUGUGCGUGUAUAUAACAUUGUUAUGUUAUAACAGGCUAUUGGUUUUUAUUUCUCUCUAUGCAUUGAUGACAUCAAUAUUAAAAAUGAAUUUUGUGUUACGUUUUGACUAAUUACAUUAUGUCAACCUGUAACAUUAUAAAUAUAUAUAUUACAAGAGUUUUAUAUAAAUUUUAAAUUAAUAUUUCUGUUUUUGGAAUUUUUUUAUAAUCAAAGUGCAUAAAAAUUUAAUAUUUCAUAGUUUGAAAUCAACAUAAAAAGAGAGAAAGAGAGAAAAUAUGAUUUUUGCAAUUAUAUAAAGAAGUUAACAUAUUUUAAUAAUUUAUAUACUUGAUAUAAUAAGUAUACUUAAAAUUUCUUAAACUUUAAAGUAUAUUCUUCUAGUGUAAAGUGGAUCAAUUACGAAUGUAUUUAAAGAGUUUGAACAUUUGAAAUUAUGAGUUACACAAUUAGUCUUCAAUUUUUAUUCCUUUGAUCCUUUAUUAACUAUUUCAAACAUUUUCAAAUGCAUUUUAUAAUUAAAAAAUUAUUGACUCAAGAUAGAUUAUAAAUGGCAAAAACCACACCGGACUGAUCCCUAGUGAACCAUAACAAAAUAAUAUGCUUACAAAAAAGAAUAAUUAUAAAAAUAUCCUUAUUGUGCAGAAUAAUAGUAAAAGGAAGAUAUAAAUGAUUGUAUACUAUGUUAAAAAAGAAAAAAAAGAACAUAUCCCCGAAUAUGUUGGUAGUGAAAGUAUAUUUAUAAUCGUGUUGCAUUUAUAACUUAUAUCAAAAUAAUUUCUAAAACAUUGCGACUGACAUGUGUUUUUUAUCCAUCAGAUUGAUAUAAAAACUACAGAAAUUAGAUGUACAAUAGUGUGGUCUUUGUACAUUUAGAAUAAAUUCAAAUAUAUUGUUAUAAAUGUAUGUGUGUGAUAUUCUUUGUGUAUUCAACAAAGUUUUGUCCAUAAUCAGUAGUACGACUCAUGCGAAUAUAUACAAUGUACAUAUAUAUACUUCCAAUGUUGUCCUAUUGUAGGAGUUUACCCGUCAUUAUAUCAUUGGUUAAAGAGAAUCAAACUAUAUUUAAAAAAGUUUUAUCUUUGCACUCUAAUAAUGCGUGCCAAGGGAUAGCAAAAAAAUGUGUUAACCAGUUUGUUGUUUAGAAACGUAUACACAUUUUUAAUGGUCCAUGAUAUUAUUCCAAAUGAAACAACAAAAAUAAUAAUAAUAUAAUGUUUAAUUAUUGAUUAAUAAAUUAAAAAGAAACAUAAACAAUA